AUGGCACAGAAUCUGAAUCUCUCAAUGCUUUCCGCGAAAAGUGACUUGGCGGCUUCUUUCCGAGCCACCAUCCAGGAGGACAUUGCACGAGAGCUUGGCCCAGGAUUCACGCCCGAACACGUGGACGUGAGAUUGCUGGCGGAGUCAGCAGCCAUCCCUGUGACCAUUACGGCGCCCAGUGGUGUGUCGUGCCACGACUUGCACCGAUGUCUUUGCAACAAACCAUUGAGAUGGGCUGGCAACAAAUCAUCGAAAUUGUCGACGCUGGAAGGCUUCUCAGCUGUGUGCCUGAGUCCUUCCUGGUGUUUGUGUACGAUUGGGAUGCCUUCCAUUGUCGAUGAGGCGUCCACCACGGUCUCUGGGGGAUCUCCCUUGGCCCUCCAGGUGAGUCUGGCGCAGGACCUCCCGGCCGUGCCCGACGAGCAGGACCUGGUUCUGCCACGCUGCCUGCAGCGCACGGGGCACACGCCACGAGAUGAUCCCGGGAAGCCGCCAAGAGCAUCGCCCAAGAGACGGUCCAUGGCGAAGGCACCUACCAGCUCUGCCAAGGUGAAGCGGAAUCCUCGUGAGGCCAAACCCAAUCGCGAGAAUUCCUCAGCAAGGCAGCUCAACUUUUCAGGACUCUCCGAUACGCCCUACUAUCAGCCAAUGCUGCUGGGAGAAGGCUUUGGAGAGGAAACCGAACACAUCAGUGGGCUGUUCGUGCCCAGCGUGGACGCAACCUUCGAUUCCAGGAUGAGCUCGCCACAGACCGAAGAAAGGAUGAAAUCUCGAAGCCAUGGAGUUAAUGGAGUUGUCACGCAACCCAACAAGCAGCCCAUUGAGAGCCCCAAAAGGCCCGGAGCCCUGAGAUGCCAAGCCUUCUCCAGGAACUCAUCAGAUGAAGAGGUGACUUUCAUCGAGGAUGAUUCUGUUUCCACUCCAGCCAGAGCAGCUGCACCACGCCGGGUUGGAGCGUUGGGUUCGCGCCGAUCAGUUGGAGUGGAGCAGCCCUCAGCAGUGUCGAAGCGUCUCUCGAACACUCGCAGCAGAACUUCGUCCGGUCACAGCGCAGGCAGGGAAACCGACAGUUGCUUGCUGGGUUUGCGGCACCGAGAAGUAGAAAUGAACAGAAAUGAACAAAGAAAAAUGGCAGCACCUGUGGAUGCGUGA